AUGCCAGGCCUGUAUGACCUCUCCUCCUGGGAGGCUCUGCCCCUGAAGAGCUCCAGGGUGAAGGCUUGUGCCAACGGGUACUCCCUGAGCAUCACCGCUCACCUCAUGUACACCAACCCUCAUGAGGAGCCCGUGGAAGGCAUCUUCAUCUACCCACUGGAGGAGUCGGAGGUGGUGGCUGGCUUCGAGGCAGCGGUGGGCCGCCGGCGGGUGACGUUCCAGGUCCAGAACCGGCACCGGGCACAGGACUGCUGCCUCCAGUGCAGCCCCAGCUCCAGCCGGCCACGCCGCUGUGCCAGUGGCCACCUCGUCCUGGAUGAAGACGCAGAGCGCUCCGCCUUCAUCAUCGUCACGGGCACGCUGUGCCCAGAAGAGAGCCUGGCCAUCACCCUGAGCACGGCGCAGGAGCUGCCCACGCUGCUGGAUGGGGCCCUGCGCCUCCUUGUCCCCCCCGUCCUGAUGCCCCGCGUCCCUGCCGUCCCCGAGAGCGAGACGGCAAGCUUGUGUGACGACAGGUUGGCCCUAUGCCCUACCAGCUGUUUCGGGGGGCCAGGUGCCCGGAGCCAGCCAUCCCCCAUGGUGCCUGCAGAGAGUGUGGAUGUCUUUCGUGGACAACCCUGCAAUCCCUUUCCUUACGAGUUUGCCUUUGAGCUGCUGGUGACGGGCCCCUGCUUGCUGGCAGCCUGGGCCAGCUCUGCUGCCACCACCUGCAUCACUCUAGCCGAGCCCCACCACUACGACCGGGACCUGGAGAUCAUCCUCUACCCCUGCGAACCCCACCACCCCCAUCUGGUGAUGGAGGACGGCACCAUGACAUACCCUGAGUACGAGGCCCACAUCCGGAGCCGCCGGGAUUACGUGCGGAUUGCCAGGAAGGAUGGCAGCGGCGAGAGACAGGUGGCUUUCGUGCAGAAGCGUUUCCACAAAGACAUCUUCCCCAACCCUGUGCUGAUGCUGAACUUCUGCCCGCCGGCGGAGGUCGUCCCCGGGGACCUGCAGAGCGUCACCCGUGAGGUCAUCUUCCUUGUUGACCGCAGCAGCACCAUGAGCGGCCCCGACCUCGACAAGGUCAAGGAAGCUUUGCUGGUUGCCCUGAAGAGCCUCCCGUCGGGGACACUGCUCAACAUCGCCGAGCCGGGGGACAGCUGCGAGGCCGGCUCUUUGUGCGCACAGGAGACACUGCGGCGUGCCUGCGAGCACCUCAGCGAUCUGCGGGCAGAUGCAGGUGGCACCAACCUGCUGGCCGCCCUGGGCUGGGCACUGGCACAGCCCCUCCACCACGGCUACCCCCCCCCGCUGUGCUUCAGCUUCGGCAUGGGCCUGCGGGUGUGCCGGCGGCUGCUGAAGCGCAUGGCCAAGGGCAGCCGGGGGCGUGGCGAGGUCUUGAGCCCGGCCGAGAGGCUGCAGCCCAAGCUGAUCAAGGCCCUGAAGAAGGCAAUCGAGCCGGCCAUCAGCGACAUCACCAUCGACUGGUACGUCCCCGACAGCAUGGAGGCUCUGCUCUCGCCCACCGAGCUCCCGGCCCUCUACCCUGGCGACCGCCUUGUCAGCUACUGCGUCCUCUACAGCAUUGCCCGCUUCCGCGACAGGCGCCCGCUGGGCUGGGAAGGGGCUCGCCAGGGCUCCCGGGGCUCAGCCUUCCCCUCCCAGGAGGAGGUGCCAAGUCCUGGGGAGAGCCGCCGGCUGCCCAGGAGCACCCCAGGGUCUGGGGACGCCUCCCUGGAGCUCUCUGCCGGGGGCACGGAGAUGUCGGAGCGGAGUGCAGACCCCGUUUCGGGGGGAGACAUCUGGAAGCGGAUUUACCAGCCCUCCUACAUCCAGGAGCAGUAUGUCCUGACGCACUGCUCCGUCAGCACUGACCGCAGCCAGGGGCUGCUCUCCCGCAGCUCCACCAGCAGCGAGUCCACCGGCUCCCGCGACGUAGCCCCCGAGGGUGGCUCCUUGGCCCCUGGCACUGAUGCCACCUCCCAGCAGGGCCAGAAGAGCCUGUCCCUCUGCGAGUCCUCCACCAAAUCUGCCCCACUGCCCUCCACCCUGGCUGGCACCAAGGGGCCGGCGCCCCGGAGCACAGAGGAGGUGGCGCGGCGGAAGAAGGCGCUGGCACGUGCCGCCCUGGCUGGCCGCAGCUUUUCCUCACCGCACGGGGAGCUGGAUGCCCACCGGCUCUACCAGGCCCUGGAGAAGGUGUCACAGAAAAGGAACCAGUCCAUGGAGGGGCGGCUGGACGAGCUGGGACCCCGGGCAGGGCGGCUGCAGCCCAGUGCAGUGGAGUCAAAUAACCUCCUCUCACCCACCCACCUUGACUGGGACAUGCUGGUGGAGCCCUCCUACCUCUUCAGCACCUCGCCAGUGCCCGACCCC